GCAAGUUAGGUUGCACAAACGCACACUUGCUGCCCCAAAUGCAGUGCAGUGAUUGCCCCCCCACACAUUGAGUCUGAAAACAAGCAAAGUGCACUUCUCCACCGCCUCACCAUCACCGCGUGGAGACGUUGGCGAUGGAGCCGCUGCUGCCUUCUGGGCUGGAGGACGAUGACGCAGACGCACGCGGCGAGAAGCUGCAGCUGGCCGAGCGAAGAGCGAGCGCGACCGGGGUCGACGUGCGUGGGCCAAAGGACCAACACUCGAGUCCUGACGGGAAUGUGCUGGACGGGGGUGAAAGCGAUGAGGAGGAGGAGGAGGAGGAGGAGAAUGAUGAAGAGGAGCUCAGAGGACACCAGAGCGUGAGCUCUGAGGAGAACUACGACACAGACUUGGAGCUCGGAGAUGAGGAGGAGGAGGAGGCGGAGGCGGCGUGUGACCCGGCGGGGCGGACGCCCUACGUGGAGGCGUGCGGCGCGCUGCGGGUGGCGCCUGCCUCUUCCUUCCUGCGGCACAUGCGGAGCAGCGAGCUGUCCAUGAUGCACCGCGGUCUGGGGCCUCAGGGCACCAAAGCUCUGGCUGUUCCCCUGGUAACCAACACUUCAAUCCUCAGGCUCAACCUGCGAGACAAUUGGAUGGAGGCGAUGGGCGGAGCUGCUGUAGCCGAGAUGUUGAAGGAAAAUUGUAACAUUACAGAGGUGGACCUGUCCGACAACGCUCUCGGGGACGAUGGGGCCAGAGCCGUGGCUGGUAUGCUCAUGGAGAACCGCACGCUGGUCAGCCUCCGUCUGUCAGGAAACCAUCUGACGGACCGGUCGGCCGAGCACCUCGGCCCGGCGCUGAUGGCCAACUCCGCGCUGCGGCACCUCGACCUCAGCCACAACGCUCUGGGAGAGCGUGCAGGAAAAGCGCUGAGAGACUCUCUGCCAGAGAACACCGGGCUGAGGUCACUAAAUCUGGCCUGGAACUGCCUUCGAGGGCGCGGAGCUGUGAUGCUGGCCGGCGGCCUCGGGGCAAACGUUUUCCUCAGAGCAGUGGAUCUGACAUUCAAUGGCUUUGGCAAAGAGGGAGCCAUCGCCUUGGGUCAGGCUUUGAAAGAGAAUUACGUCUUGGAGGAGUUGAAUUUGAGCAACCGAAUACCCCCUGAAGGAGCUAUCCAUCUAGCCAUGGGCCUCAAAGUAAACAAGACAAUCAAAUCCCUCAAUGUGGGGAGGAACCCCAUCCAGAGUGCCGGCUGCUACGGGAUCCUCCAGGCGCUGCAGGAAAACCCAGAUUCAGCCGUGGAGACGUUAGACUUCUCGGACGUCGCAGUGAACCAGGAUUUUGAAGAUUUGCACGCGGCAGUGAAAGAGAGAUUCCCUGCGCUUACAGUAAACCAUGGCGGCGGAACUGGCGCAUUCAGAAAAGCAAAAGCCUGGAAAGUGUAAUUGCUGUGUACUUUUAUGUCAGAAAAGAUGGCAAAGCGUUUAAGCAUGCAAGGAUAUUGUUUUUAAAAGAUGUCAAUUUUGGAUUGCCGCAUAUUCCUCUGAUAAGUUGUUGAAUACCCAAUCAAUUAAAAAAGGAAGGUUAUUCAUUUUCCAAAAGAUACAGACCUGCAUGUGUACAUUCUUUAAAUAUAGUGUUGUUAAAGUCAUUGAACAAAGGCAAACAAUGCAGGUAUUGAGCAGGAUCCUUUUUAGGUAUGAUCCCAUUUGAUGUUACAUAACGUCGGUGGGUUGAAUGAUGGAGAGGAACGGAGAGCAGCGCAUUGUGUAUAGAAAGAUGUGAAAGUGGGUUGCACAAAAAGGAUUUAAGUACUGCAUGACUAGUCUAAUAGAGAAGCCGGCUUUGAAAGAACGACCCGGUGUUAGAUAAGAGACCUGUUUACUGCAGCGGGACAACUCAAGCACGCUUCCAUACAGCAAACUGUCGUUUGGAGACAUGUAUCCCUCCCACGUGCAUACACUGCCCUACACCAUGAUCUGCAUGACUGCGUGGCCUUUUCGCUGUAUCACAACUUUAUCACAAUGUUAGGGCUCCCUGUAUGCAACUCACGGGAAGGAUUUUAAGUGUAAAAUCUGUAACAAAAGUUCAGCCCUGAAAAUGUUCUCUCGUUAUUUGUGCAAUUUACUAGAUUUUUAGGGAUACGGAUGACUCAACUCAAAGCUGAAUGCAGGUAAUUUGCUAAAUUAUUAGUGCUGUUUGGCUACACAAUACUUUCUACGAUAAUAAUCACUUGACAUGCAUUCAUAUUUUGCAAUAAAGUUCAAUAAAACACCGGUGUAAUG